CACAGAGAACAUGCACACACGCAUUAAAGUGAAAUGAAAGUGUGACAGGGCGUAUGAGACAUGCAGGAAGCCCUUCAGCUACUUUAUGGACUAAAGAAACAACGCUGAAGAUACACAAGAGGAAUCGCAGCAUUCUGAGGCGGUGGGUCAUGAGCAUCUCAGGACGCAGCGCAGCAGGAUUCACACGCCCUGAUCUGUGGAGGACACCGUCUUGUUGUCUUGUUUUACACUUGGAAAUCAGAGUUUUUGAUUGAGAAGAAAAGCCUGCGAGAAAAGACCUGCUCCUGAUUCCUGGAGUUGGGAGUGAAGAUGAAGAAGUCAGAGAUGUUCGGGUUCACUCUGGAGGCAGAUGACAGAACGGAGGAGGAGAGAUCACAGAAAAAAGGACCCAAGAAGGAUGGCCUGUUUCCUGCGUUGGUUUCGGGCCAGGAAGCCCCGAAGGCUCCCAUGGACACUGAUUACCAGGAAGAAAUUGAGGGGGCUGCACCUAAAAUCAGAUUCAAUCUCAACUUUGACAAAGGGAUUCGGGGGGAGGAGCAGCACACGAGGAGAGACAGCUCCGCGUUCCCCAUUGAACGGCUGUUUGAAGCCGCAGCCAGCAGAGACGUCACGCAGCUGGAUGGACUGUAUCAGUACCUGAACCAGAGCAUGAAGAAGCUCUCUGACACUUUGUAUCAGUCCUACGGUAAAACUGCCCUCAUGAAAGCUCUGCUGCACCUAAGAGAUGGCCAAAAUGACACCAUAGAGUUAUUGAUCGACAUUUCAGAGAGGAUUGGAGACAUUGAGGAGUUUGUAAACACGGCCUACACCAACAGCUACUACAAAGGUCAGACAGCUUUGCAUAUAGCCAUCGAGCGGAGGAGUCUGUCCUACGUGAAGCUGCUGGUCAGCAAAGGCGCAGACGUCCACGCCAGAGCCUGCGGGACGUUCUUUCAGCCGCAUGACGGCCCCAACUUCUACUUUGGUGAGCUGCCCUUGUCCCUGGCAGCCUGCACAAACCAGCCGGAGCUGGUGGGCUACCUCAUGGAGAAUGAGUUCCAGCAAGCGGACGGCAAGCUGACGGACUCUCAGGGCAACACGGUGCUGCAUGCGCUGGUGAUGGUGGCUGACAACUCCCAGGAGAACACGGAGUUCAUCACCAGCAUGUACGACUUCAUCCUCAGGACCGCUGCUCGACUGCAUCCCAAAGACAAACUGGAGGACAUCGAAAACCACAAGAAACUAACGCCUCUCAAACUGGCUGCCAAGAAGGGCAAGAUCGGGGUUUUUUCACACAUCCUGAAACGGGAAUUUGAUGAGAACAACACCAAACAUUUGUCUCGUAAGUUCACUGAGUGGGUUUACGGACCCGUUCACUGCUCCCUGUAUGACCUGGCCUCCGUGGAUUCACACGAGGCCAACUCUGUGGUGGAGAUACUGAUCUACGGCAGCGACAUUCCUAACCGCCACGAGAUGCUCCAAACGGAGCCACUGAGCCAACUGCUGGAGGAAAAGUGGAAGAGGUUUGCUGGUGGGAUGUUUUUCUUCAACUUCCUGGUCUACUGCCUGUACUUGAUCAUCUUCACCAUAGUGGCUUACAAUAAGAAAGAUGGCACGAUGCCGUUUCCCAUCGAACACACCAUGAACGGUUAUCUGUACGUCGCAGGCCAACUGCUGAUAUUACUGGCAAACUGCUAUUUUUUUGUCAUGGGGAUCGUAGAAAUGAAGAGGAAACGCCCAAAGCUGCAGACACUUCUGAUUGAUGGAUACUAUGAGAUUCUCUUUUUUGUGCAGGGCAUCCUCUUCCUGGCCUCCGCCGGCCUGUAUCUGUGUGACCGCAUGGAGUACCUUGGCUUCCUGGUGGUGUGUCUCGCCCUCAGCUGGGUGAACCUGCUCUAUUUCUCCAGGGGUGACAGACACAUGGGCGUCUACAGCGUCAUGAUUCAGAAGAUGAUUCUAAGUGAUAUCCUCCGCUUUCUUUUUGUCUACAUGGUCUUCCUCUUUGGAUUUUCAGCAGCGGUGGUCACCUUGCUUAUUGAGCAUCCUGAGAAAAACAACACAACUAAGAGACAGGGCCGCCUUUAUGUUCCCGUCGGCCCCAGUGAGGACUGUGUAAAGCCCAGCUUCAAGAGCAUCUCUUACACCACGCUGGAGCUCUUCAAGUUCACCAUCGGCAUGGGUGACAUGGAGUUCACCCAGGAAUACCAGUACAAAGAGGUCUUCUAUGUGCUUCUCAUCGGCUACAUCAUUCUCACCUACAUCCUGCUGCUCAACAUGCUCAUCGCCCUCAUGAACCGCACCGUGGAGAAGAUCACCACGGAAAGCGCCAGCAUCUGGAAGCUGCAGAGGGCGGUCACUAUCAUGGACAUGGAGAGAAGAUUGCCUUGCGGUUUGAGCAAGGUGUUUCGCUGUGGGGUGGAGAGAAAGCUCAACACUGCUCUCGGAGACGACCGCCGCUGGUGUUUCAGAGUGGAGGAAGUCAACUGGAACAAAUGGAACAUCAACCUGGGCAAAAUCAAUGAGGAUCCGGGGUGUUGGGACCGGAAUCAGCAGUCCGGCCCAGGCUCCCCUCAGAGCAGGCCCAACAGAGGGAGGAGCUGGAGAGGCAUCUUCAGGGACAGCAGCAGGGGGUGGCAGACUUACCAGUCCAGGGAGAUGAAUAGCAUGCCCAUCUGAAGAGCUGCACCAAGGCUGCUCAGCUGACAGAAGCAACCAGCCAUUCAAACAUCAACACGGCUGCCCCCCCCAAAAAAUGAAACUACAAAAUGGAUUAAAAUAUUUUUUUAGACUAUUUCAGUGUGUCAGAUUCAUUUGAAAUUCAGUCUCCAAGGCAGUAUUUCACAGACAAAGAGUGGUGAGAAAAAUAAUGUAGUAAUGGUGUUCCACAGCCGACUUUAUGAAUAGUGUAACAAGUGUUGCUCAUAGGCCGGAGAACUCAUGCAUUUCAAAUUCAACAUUUAACCUACAGGCUUCUCCACAGGCGGUUUCUGAACGUGAACAGGAUGCACAUCCUCUGCAGAGUCUAUAACCUGCCAGCACCUCUGGCAGUGCUCAAAAUCCGCCAUGGAGCAAUGCUGAUCACGAAGGUGCUGAUCCUGCCCCCCCACUGCGUGCCCUUUAUGCGAGUCCCAUUUUCAUCACAGUCAGACAAGCUAAAUCUACUGCAGCCAGAUAGUCCUGCGGAUUUCACAGCUUGCGUCGUCUACUGCACUUCCUCCCGCUACUCUGCAAGGGCAGGCCUGGAUAAAUGGCAUGAAAGCACAGUAAUUGGAGCAACAAUCAGCACCUCAGAAAAACAGACGUGGUUCAGGUGGGCCUUUCGGGCCCGUCAGUCACUCAUACGUCUGGUUCGUGCAGGAGACAACCGAGAGAUCAGUGAGCUGCUGAGGCUGUCAGACAGGAUCACAGACGUCAGGCGAGUUCAUCACAACACCGCAGUUACGACACGAUAAACAUGUCAAUUUGUUUUCGCAUCCGAGUGAGUUCAGACAAAAUUUCAAAGCAUAAAUUAGAACUUUAUUUUAUUAUUACAAUAUUACAAAAAGAGUAGCACAGCUCUCACGCUUUUGCCUCUUUAUCUGUCGUACAGAAUGACACAAAAGAAAGGCUUGUGGACCUUCUUCCUUUUUCACAGCAAUAGACCAAGGAACAAAGAAGAAAAUAAAAUUUAAAUAACAAGCAAAUCAAGUAUCAUAAAUAGUCACAACCGCAAACUGAAGCUUUGAAACUGGAAAAAAGUUACAGCUCAGUAACUACACAUGGCUAAAAACAUAUAAUUACAAAAUAUUACUCAUGUUCCUGCUUUCCAUUAUAAAGAAUUGCUAAGAAAUUGCUCUCUAUGAAAAGACUUCAUCGAAAUA